AAUGACGAUCUUAUUACAAAUCAGACAAAAGCCUCCUCGCAUCUCUCUCUCUCUUGGGAUCUGAAUCUUCACAAUUUCUCUGAGAAAAAAGCCAAAAAGAUCACAAGAGAAAAACAAAAAAAAAUGCCUCAUGGAACUCUUGAAGUCGUUCUUGUCAGCGCCAAAGGUCUCGAGGACGCUGAUUUUUUGAAUAACAUGGAUCCUUAUGUGCAACUCACUUGUCGGACUCAAGAUCAGAAGAGCAGUGUUGCAACAGGAAUGGGGACAGCUCCAGAAUGGAAUGAGACAUUUAUCUUCACUGUCUCUGAAGGAACAACAGAGUUAAAAGCGAAAAUCUUUGACAAAGAUGUCGGCACAGAGGAUGAUGCGGUUGGUGAAGCAACUAUCCCACUGGAGCCAGUAUUCUUGGAAGGAGAGAUCCCACCAACUGCAUACAAUGUGGUGAAAGAUGAAGAGUUCAAAGGCGAGAUUUGGGUCGCUCUCUCCUUCAAGCCCUCGGAAAACCGAAGCAGGGGUAUUGAAGAGGAGUCCUAUGGAGGUUGGAAAAACUCUGAAGCAUCAUACUAAGAGAAGAGAAGAAACCAAUGUUGUGUGUUACUCCUGUUUUGAUUUUUAAUCUUGGGAAUGAUAUAUGUUGAGCUUCCAUUUGAAAUGGUGUCUUGUCGUUUAAUGUUCUUUGUGUUCGGAUUGUUUGUUUUUAAUGAUUCAAAAACUUGUGGGAUUUUGAUUCUUCUUGUUCUUUGUCAA